AUGACAAUGACAACUUUGUCAAACGAUGCUGCAACCGCGAGCAGGCCUAACGUAUUCUUGAGGUCCGCACCGCGAGGCACAGGAGAUGAAUUUAAUACACUAUUCACUGCAGAAGCCAUUGAGUUUUUGGUGGAUCUGGUCACCCAUUUCGACCGCAAAGUUGAUCAGCUGUAUUACGCAAGGUCCAUCAGAAAAUACGAGCUCAAACAAAACCCUAAGAUUCCAAAAUUUUUUAAAUCGUACGUCACCAAGAGCAAAUGGGAAAUUGCUCCGGUCGGAAAAAGAGCAGAGAAACGUCACGUGGACCUCGGUGAUGUCAGCCCUUCAAAUUUGGAUCAUUUCAGCACAGCGUUGCGCUGUAAAGUUGAUGGCGUUCAAGUGGACUUUGACGACGGGCAUUGCCCAACGUGGAAAAAUCAAAUAAUCGGAUUAUACAACGUUUAUAAAGCUGUUCGAAGUGAACUCCCGAAUGUUCCUGCUAUUUCACAAGCACCGAUCCUGAUGUUACGGCCUAGAGCAUGGAACAUGAUCGAACAUAACAUGUCCAUCAAUGGUAAAGAGGUACCUGGGCCGCUACUGGACUUCGGUCUCCUAGCAUUUCACAAUGCAAAGAUAUUGUUCGAAUGUGAAAGCGGUCCAUAUUUUUAUCUCUCAAAGCUGGAGGGUGCGAGCGAAGCUAAACUAUGGAAUGAUAUUUUUGUAUGGACUCAGUUUCGGCUGAGGAUACCCCAUGGUACGAUCAAGGCUUGUGUGUUGAUCGAAAAUAUUCUUAGCUCUUUUGAAAUGGAGGACAUGUUGUUCAGUCUCAAAGAUCAUUCGUUGGGGUUGAACUGUGGGAUUUGGGAUUACGCGGCAUCGAUAAUCAACAAAUUUGGAAACGAGAAAUCGUUCGUAUUGCCUGACAGAAAUAAGUACGUCAAUAUGAAUCGCCAUUUUUUAAAGCGCUACAUGGAACUUGUAGUGCAGAUAUGUCAUAAGAGGAAGGCGCAUGCGACAGGUGGUAUGGCUGCGCUGUUGUUACCGGAGGAUAAAAAUUCCAAAAAAUCCAACACCGUAGUAAGCAAAGUCUUGGAAGGUAAACUAGCUGAGAUUAAAAUGGGAGUUGACGGUUUCAUAAUAUAUGAUGUGGGACUCGUUCCCCACGUUAAUGAUCUCUGGAAAUAUCACGGUGGACCAGAUCCGAAUCAGAUAAGCUACCCGGGAGUGCGUACCGAAGUUUCUGUGGCUGAUCUUCUCAAACUACCAACUGGUGGGAUAACAGUGGACGGAGUACGGCAUAAUAUCUCCGUGGCCAUUUUAUUUAUUUUUCAUUGGUUCCAAGGCAUGGGACACUUCUCAUAUAAAGGAGCUGUCGAGGACUCUGCCACUGCAGAAAUUUCAAGGUCACAGAUUUGGCAGUGGAUCAGGCACGGAGCCACGUUUGAAGAUAGCGGACAGAUGCUCACAAGGGAGUUGGUCCUGCGCUAUUCCUCAGAGAUUCUCGAUGACCUGAUUGCUCAAUACGGGGUCAAUUUUGAAACAAAACUUCAACUGUACACCGCUCGUGACUUAUUUAUGGACAUUGUUAACCACAGAGAGUUUCCUGAAUUCAUUACAACCUACUUGAAUGAUACGCAUGUAUUUCGCAGAUUAUCCGCCAACUUGUGAUUAACAUUGAUAAAAUUGUUGAAUACUUCGCUCUUGGACCGCAGAAUCAUUCUGGCAAAAGUAUCAACGCAAUACAAUAAAACACGUUUCACCGGAUAUUCUAGAAAAAUAAUACAACAUUGCCUUUGUUAGAUAUUUUUAAACCUGUCGCAGUUUGUCACCUUGAACGAACAUUGACUGGAGAAUAAGGACACCCUUUCGACCCUAAUAUUGGCUUUAAGUUUUAGUCAUUAGAUGGCAGCUCUCAGUCUUAUUUUUUUGCCCAUAGGGUGGUUAUCAUUCGAGAUAGUAUUUAGUGAUUAGAGCGAGCGGAAGUUGUUCGUGA